AUGACAAAUUCCUCCACCCAAAAUGUUCGAUCUGCCGCGGGCUCUUCCUCCCAACCGAUCAACGACACCGUUCUCGAAGAGUUUCGAAAGGAGUGGAAAAUAGAGGUUGAAUCGAAGAAACUUCAGAGAGACUCAACUCCCGUGAUCUCCAGUGUUGAAAGUUCAGAAAUACGUGCACAGCCUUUGGAACACCUGGAAGAGACAAAAGAUAGUGAUGUUCGAUGGAUUAAGAGCAAAUCAACGGAAAAUCAAAAUGCGUUGGAUAUAUAUAUCCAAGCAAUAGCGUUCGAACGUGAAGGAAACAUGGGAGAAGCUCUCAUAAGAUACCAGCAGGCUUUUAAGCUAGACCGUCAUGUUGAUUAUACAUAUAAAAAACAUUAUAACGAUGCAAUGCGAGAAGCAACGACUAGCGAGGGAACAUCCUCAGAACUCUUCAAACAUUUCGAACAAGAAACGAUGAUUGCACGAAGUUCAUCUUCUACUAGCUCUACAACCAACGAUUCAGUAUACAAUCUGAUCGAAACAUUACGAGAUCAAAGACUUGAAUAUGAACCAUUGGAACCCAAUAAAAACAUUCCGAUUGCAAAAUUACCCAAUGAAUUGAUUCUGUGUAUUCUCAAGCAGUUACUUUUGUUUGAUAUUGCAUCUGUUGGGAGAUUUUCAUUAGUUUGUAAAAAGUUUUUAUUGUUGACGCGUGAAAAUUCUAUUUGGCGGUUUGUAUGCCUACGCGCGUUCCAUUUGGAUCCUAGAGAAUCGAUCUAUAUUUUACAAAAGGAUGUUAUGAAAAAAUAUAAUAAUGAUUGGCACAGAAUGUUUAUUGAAAGACCACGAAUAAGAUAUGACGGAGCUUAUAUAGCACUUUGCUAUUAUUUAAGACCUGGUUCUACUGAGAAUGUUUGGAAUCAGCCAAUUCAUCUAGUAUCCUAUUAUCGAUUUAUACGAUUUUUCUCGGAUGGCACUUGUAUUAAAUUGCAGAGCUUUCGCGAACCGAAAGCAAUAAUAAGAAAUUUCGGAUUUGAUUAUAAUUCCAAGGAUCUUUUGACUGGUUGUUGGGAAUUUGAUGAAAAUACCAGUCAAGUGAAUAUUACCUUGACAGAAACGAGCGCUAUGAAACAUACACGAUAUAUAAAGUUAUCUUUGAAGUCGACUGAACGUGGAAAACAUAAUAAACUUGUUUGGAACGAGUAUUAUAGUAUCAAUAAUUUGACUGGCGAGAAAGGAACUUUCAACCUAAGAAACGACAAAAAUUUCAUAUUUAGUAAGGUAAAAAGUUUCGGAAUGGGUUGGUAG